UUUAGUAGUGUCUGCAACACAUCAGCGCGGUAGUAAGCUGUUUCGCCGGCACCUCCGUAGAUUUUGGACAUUCGGGUAACUCGGCGCUCUUCCUAAAUUCUAAACGGAGGCUCCGGACCUGGCUACUAUAAAUAUUUGCAAAAAAGAGGCGUCGUUCAUUUGAGUACAGAGAUGGUAUAACGGCCAUUUAGAAAGAUUUGGACGUCGCGACGCCGGACGCCGGCACGCAGUGAUACGAUGAAGCGAGGGAUUAUAGUGUUCCUGCUUUACUUCGUACUCUCCACGGGACUACGUUUACCAGGUCUUAUUGACAGCGCCAGACGGAAUGAUAUCGCUCAAAAAAACAUCAAAAGCGACACGGAUUAUGUGAUAAGGAGAUCUCUGUCGUCGUCUUCUCGCCUGUCUGAAGAUACCGCCGACAACGAGACUUGCGGCGGCGACGACGACGACGACGACUUCCCCAGCUUCCUCACCAACGACCAGGUCAAGCAAGGGGGCAUAGUUCUGUGUUUCGUGGUGGCCAUAUACUGUUUCUCGCUAUUGGCCGUGGUCUGCGAUAAAUACUUCUUGCCGUCCAUCGAGCGACUCUGCGAAGUGAUGGAUCUCUCCGCCGACGUAGCGGCGGCGACGUUCAUGUCGGUGGCGACCUCUUGCCCCGAAUUGUUCACCAACAUCAUCGCGACGUUCGUCACCGGGUCCGAGUUGGGUAUCGGCACGAUAGUCGGCUCUUCCAUGUUUAAUUCACUGGGUGUCGCGUCGGUUGGCUCGCUGGCCGCUUCCGUCCCGAUCCAGCUGGAUUGGUGGCCCGUAACCCGUGACGUCUGCGUCUACAUGCUGUCUAUUACGCUCUUAAUCGUUAUCGUCUGGGACGGUUUCAUUUUCUGGUACGAAGGUCUCGCACUGUUCAUCGCCUACUUCGUCUACUUCGCCAUCAUGUUCCAAAACCCCCGCAUAUCGCGUUGGGUGCGUAACAUCGCAGCCAAGUACCAGGCAAAGAAGGUGGACGACGUGGUGGACGUAAAGUACGCCCACGAGCAGAGGACGCUGUCCAACGACCAAGUGCGUGUGUCUGUGCUGUCCGCUUACGGUAGCUAUGUCAAAGAAGUAAGGGAGGCGGGGUACGAGAACACGGAGGCAUACAAGAGGGGCGUGCAAGCUGAGAAAGAAUACCAGGAGCGAGAAAACAAAAAGAGUCCUUUCGCGAUACCGGCCGGAGGAUUCUGGACGAAGUUUUGCUUCUUCUACACGUGGCCGAUAAAGAUGGUGCUCAGGUGUACGAUUCCCAACCCCAAAAUCCACCCGAAACUGUUCCCGCUCUCUUUCAUCAUCUGCAUCUUCUGGAUCGGCGGCAAUUCGUACAUGGUGUCGUGGAUGAUCACCCUUAUCGGAACCGCUCUGAAUAUCCCGUCGACUGUUCAAGGGCUGACGUUUUCAGCUGCAGGAAGCUCGCUGCCUGAGUCGCUGUCGAUCGCGAUCAUGUCCAGGAGAGGCGAAGGUAAGAUGGGAGUGUCCAACUCUCUGGGAGCCAAUUCCAUGAACAUCCUCUUCUCGCUGGGCAUGCCGUGGUUCUUCAAGACCAUCCUCAAAGGUACCAACAACGACGCUUUCAUCGAAAUCCAUUCGGGGUCCAUAGUGUACACGAUCAUGGCCCUGAUCGUGGUAGCCCUUAUCCUAUACGCCACCCUAUUCUUCAACAACUUCAGACUGGCCAGGAAGACAGGUUACGUGCUAGUCACAGUUUACGCCAUUUGUAUAGUGCUCGCGUGCUUGAACGAGAUGGUCUUCUUUCCUCCCAAGUGCUGAUGCGCGAACGUUACAGGCCGGAAUUUGAUUUGUGAGAACAGUUCGUCGAACGUUCGUGUUUUCGCGUGCUACCGCUCAGUCUUCCGUACGCUUCCGUACAUUUUCGGGACAAAUGUGAUAUUUUUCCUAUACUCGUUGUAAAUACUUCCGUUUUAGAAUAUAUG